GAGAGGGAGACAGAGAGAGGGAGACAGAGAGCGGGAGACAGAGAGCGGGAGACAGAGAGAGGGAGACAGAGAGAGGGAGACAGAGAGAGGGAGACAGAGAGAGGGAGACAGAGAGAGGGAGACAGAGAGAGGGAGACAGAGAGAGGGAGACAGAGAGAGGGAGACAGAGAGCGGGAGACAGAGAGAGGGAGACAGAGAGAGGUCAGAGGUCAGAGGUGGAGGAUGACAUGCUAACUAACCCACACUGCUGUAUGCUGUCAUUGGAAUAACAGAUUGUUAACACUGUCCUAUCUAGCAGGAUCAAUAAGAGAAUAAAUUAACUGGCAUUAACACAGCUGCAAAUUCAUCAAUUACUCCUGUGGAAAAACAAUUAAAUUAACUGUAACGAAUACAUCAUCUUCAUAAUCUAAGACUGUAACAUGAUAGCUACCAAUGAUCUCUAGUCAAGACAAUGUGUGUAUUUAAUGGAACGUACAUAUUUUCAUAAACUGACCUGUAUUGUUCCCUUGUGUGAUCUAUCAUAGUAUUAAAAGAAUACAGAAACACACCACAUUACCUAGACAGUGUCCAAAUCAUAUUAACAUGUAACAAUAUUAAACCGCUAAUAUCAAUGUGAUGUAAAUGAAAAACCUCAUGAUACCUGCUACAGAUGUCUUUUUUUGAUUUCAAGGCUCAUAGGCCUCUCGUCCAAACUAGUCCACUACUUUUGACCAAGGCUCAUAGGCCUCUCGUCCAAACUAGUCCACUACUUUUGACCAAGGCUCAUAGGCCUCUCGUCCAAACUAGUCCACUACUUUUGACCAAGGCUCAUAGGCCUCUCGUCAAAACUAGUCCACUACUUUUGACCAAGGCUCAUAGGCCUCUCGUCCAAACUAGUCCACUACUUUUGACCAAGGCUCAUAGGCCUCUCGUCAAAACUAGUCCACUACUUUUGACCAAGGCUCAUAGGCCUCUCGUCCAAACUAGUCCACUACUUUUGACCAAGGCUCAUAGGCCUCUCGUCAAAACUAGUCCACUACUUUUGACCAAGGCUCAUAGGCCUCUCGUCCAAACUAGUCCACUACUUUUGACCAAGGCUCAUAAGGCUAUCGUCAAAACUAGUGCACUACAUUUGACCAAGGCUCAUAGGGCUAUCGUCAAAACAAGUGCACUACAUGGAGUAGGGUGACAUUUAGGACACAUCCUGAAUAUGUCUAACUGACUGAGGAGAUGAAUCCGACCAGGAGCGUAUUUACCAAUCGGUCUGGAUUGUGUUUUUUUCUUCAGUUGUUGACACAGAAAACCGUUGUUUGCACUGAAAUGACAGUAAAUAUGAAAUAAAUCAAUGAAUCAUGUCUGUGCCAUUGUGCUAUGUAUUCAUUCUGAGAAAUGUCCCUUAAAAAACUGAGAUGCUGUAGCAUGAGACCAGUGUUUAUUGCCAGUCCAUACUCUGCGUUAUAGUGUUGAUCUGAACACUAUUCAGUUCUGCCACUAGGUGGCAGAGUUGGAUCAGUCUGGCCAAUCAAAGCUCUGGCCUCUUAUCAACUCAAGAGAAUAAAAAUAAUCAAUAUUUGCCUCUCCAUUGUAUUGCACUUUGGACUUUGGAAUUUGUCCAACCACUUAGAUAGACAAACGACCAGCGUCAGACCAGCGUCGUUUGUAUACCUCUUGUAGGAUAACCAUCGUUUCUUAUCAGAAAAUACAUAGGGAAUAAAUUAUGAAUUCAAAUGCUUGAUUGAUCCUGUUAUAUAAUCAUCUGAUAGUAUAGAAGUGUUAUCCAUCCAUCAAUGAUCAACUCAUGAUCAACUCCAGAUGUGCAAAUCAUGACAGAGACAACAGGAGUACUACUACACCUCUGUGUGUCCAGUCUGAGCUCCACCCAUGCUGCUACUUUUACUCUGUCAUCUGAUACACAAGGAAAUAAAAGGGAGGGCCGUGAUUGUAUGGAGGAGGGCGCGUGGGUGUGUUUGUUUCGGGGCGGGUAUAUGUAUGUAUGUGUGUUUGUUUUUGUGUGUGUGUGUGUUGGGUGUGUGUGUGUGUGUGGAUGGUGUGUGUGUGUGUGGAGUUAGCUGAAACUAUGAGAGAUUCAGCUGAGACGCUCACAUAGUUGAGGUGUGGCUUGUUAGAGGCUCCAGGAAGGAACUAACUCAGGUUAGCCAGAGGCAGACAGAGUAGAAAAGAGAACAGAACAGAACAGGAGCGGCUGAGGCGAGUUCAUCUGAGAGAGAAAGUGAGCGAGAGUGAGUGAGCUAUGGCAGACACAGAACUCAAACCAGAGUCAAAACCAGACCAGAAACUCUGCUGCACUAUUUGUUCCGGUGCUCUCAAUGGUGACAAGUCCUUUACCUGUGGCCACUUAGUCUGUGCCUCCUGCCUGGGCAAGAAAAGCAAGGGCUGCCCCCAGUGUUUACAAUGCUCUGGCAAGCCUAUACCGGCAUCUGUGGAACAGAACGGAACGAUGAUUGAAAUAGUGGCUGAGUCUCCACUGGUGAUCAAAACCGAAGAAAGAGAGAAAAGCGAUAUACAAACCCAAAUUUCAAAGACACCAGACAAGGCAAUGAUACGGGAAGACCUGAAGGAAUCAGAGGACCAUAAGAAACCAGACAAGGCAAUGAUACGGGAAGACCUGAAGGAAUCAGAGGACCAUAAGAAACCAGACAAGGCAAUGAUACGGGAAGACCUGAAGGAAUCAGAGGACCAUAAGAAACCAGACAAGGCAAUGAUACAGGAAGACCUGAAGGAAUCAGAGGACUCUAUGAAAUCAGAGGAUGCAAAGAUACAGAAAGACCUGAAGGAAUCAGAGGAAGAGAAAAAUAAAGAGAGUGAUCCUCCACAGCCUGCAGAGGAAGUGAAAGAGGAUGUGGGGGUUGGGGAGGGAGACACAUUAAGGGAAGAGAAAGCAAAAGGAGAGGUGAAAGUAGAGCCGUUGGGGCCCGAUGAUGUUGUGUGUGACUCGUGUAUGGAGAUGAGCCCGUGCCGGGCCCUCAAGUCCUGCCUCACCUGCCUUGUGUCCUACUGCGAGGCCCACCUUAGGCCUCACCUGGAGAACCCCAAGUUCCAGAACCACAGGUUGGUGGAUCCGCUGAGGGACAUUGAGAGACGGACCUGUGAGACCCACAAGUGGCCCCUGGACCUUUUCUGCUGUGCCGACGCUGUGUGUGUCUGUCAGGACUGUGUGACAGAGGACCACAGGGGACACAACACUGUGCCUGUGAUGGAGGCACGCAGAAACAUUGAGAGGGAACUACUAGAUAAGCAAGCAGAGAUGGUGAGGACAAUGACAGCAGCAGAGAAUGCCAUCAACAAACUUCAAGUCAACACGGUCUCUAUUGAGAAUUCAGUGACGGAGGUUCGUGAGGUGAUUGAGAACCAGUUUACGGUGCUCCAGGCUGCGGUGGAGCGGGCCAAGAGAGAGGUGACGGAGAUCCUGGAGGGAGAGGAGAAGCAGGCUCUGAGACAGGCCGAUGGGAUCAAGGUACACCUGGAGCAGAGGUGCACUGAGCUGAAAAAGACACAGGCGCAGGUGGAGAAGCUCUCCAAGAACAAGAAUGACGUGGACUUCUUACAGGAGUACUCCGAGUGGAAGAAGGACUGCUCCGACAUCACCCUACCUGGGGUCUACAUCGGCCUCAUGGACCGGCUCAACUCCUUCAGCAGAGAGAUUGUUACCUCCACACAGGAGCUGUGUGAGCUGCUGCUGUCCAACUACAUUGAGACACUCAAAGAGACCUGCAAAAAUGACAUGAUGGGGAUUAAAACCACAGUCCAUGAAAUAAUCGCAGCCAAACAGAACAUGGACGUUCCAGACCCAAAGACGCGGGAUGACUUUCUAAAGUAUGCCAAUCCUGUGAGUUUUGACGCAGACACGGCCCAUAAAUUCCUGCGUCUGACUGAGGAAAACAGAAAGGUGACCAACACCACACCCUGGCAACACCCGUACCUCGACGUCCCUGAACGUUUUGAGAGCUGGCGACAGGUACUGGCCACAGAGAGCUUCUAUGUCGGCCGACACUACUUUGAGGUGGAUGUGAGCGGCGAGGGCACGUACGUCGGACUCACCUACAAGAGCAUCGACCGCAAGGGUCCUGAAAGUAACAGCUGCAUCACCGGCAAUGACUUCUCAUGGUGCCUCCAAUGGAACGGGCGUAGCUUCUCUGCCUGGCACGGUGAUGUGGAGACGCCUCUAAGCGUGGACAAGUUCACACGCAUUGGGGUCUAUGUGGACUAUAGCCGUGGAUUACUGGCUUUCUACGGGGUGGAUGACGUCGUCGGCAUGACCCUCAUCCACAAAUACAAGGCUGAGUUUCUGGAGCCCCUCUACCCAGCCUUCUGGCUGUCGAAGAAGGAGAACGUGGUAGUGCUUGUUGAACCUGGAGAGCCGCUAACACUGAAAAGCCCCUCUCCCCCUAAAAUACCCCUUAACACUGACGUAGCACCACGAAACCGUUUCACAGUAACUCUUGUUGUUGAACAAUGAUCAAUUCGUCGGUAGUAGUAAUUUUCUCCGUCGAGCCUGAAAAAGAUUCAGAAUGCAGGAAGCAAUGGAAAAAGAAACCAAAAUCCUUAUCAGGUGACAAGAAACCUCACGAGAUCUGUACAUUAUGUUCUAAAUGAAAGUUGAAUAUUUAUAAUAUAUUUGUUCCUGUUCUUGUUGUGUUACGUGACUAGUCUUGGUAUAACGUCAAGUGGUUAGGUUACAUCUAAUGUGAUGCGUCCCUUUCUAUUCAUAUCGUGUGUUUAAAUCUGACGCAGAACAGUUUUGAUACUGUGACUAUUUGAAUGGGGGACUUCUUUGGGAAAUGUUGGGACUGCUGUUACUGUUUACUACAAGCUGUGACUUUGGAAUGUACUGUAUUUGAGAGAUACCACAGUAAAUUAAAUUAAAUUGUAUUUGUCAACUGCU